CUCUCGAGCUGUCAAAAUAAAAAAAUGUAGAAAUUCAAAAUAGAAAGAAAUUUGUGGUCGUCGUGUUUUCUUAUCUCUCGUCUCGUAGACUCGUAGUGAAAUUCCGAAUCUCAUUGAUCAAAAUCAAAUCUCCUUCUCCACUUUAAUUAAUUACUUACAAUUUAUUUAUAAUCAAUUUAUACAAAUUACUUGAUUGUUUUUUUGUGAAUUUAUUUUGUAUCUUUCGACCAUAUUUUUUAAGCAAAUUUACUUCAUGUCGAUAUGCACAUUACGUAAAGAAUUGCAAUUUAAUUGAAAUUUAAGUUCGAUUUAUGCGUACCUACAAUUUUCAUUCAUUCGAAACAACAAAAUAACAUAAAUUUUCUCUUGGUUAUCAGUAAAAAAAAAGAUAAUCUUCGACUAUUGUUGAUAACUUGAUCUUAUCAACAAAAUACAAAAACACUAUCUUGUAGUAAUAAAUAAAAAGCUCAACAUUGGAAAGCCGAUAUAGAAACGCAAAAAUGAAACUAAAUGAUGGUAGAGAGCAAGAAAUUGGUCAAGAUGAAACAGUCUACGUAACACCGCACAAUCGAACGUACUCGUCCGAAGCGGAAUACAGAAUAAGACCUUCUGACAACGACAGACCAAACGAAAAUAGUUCCCUCCUCUAUCCAAAUAUGCGCGAAAAACUAUGGAAAUAUCGAGACAUCAUCAAGAAUCGCAGCCUUAUUGUCGACUUACUAGCUAUAUUCUUUGGCAUUGGUACAUGGAUUUGUGUCAAUGGAACAUUCCUUCAACUUCCGCUACUGGUUAAAACAGCACCCGAAUCAUGGGGUCUUCCGUCAUAUCUCAGCGUUGUUGUACAAAUUGGAAAUCUUGGACCAUUAAUUUACACUCUUCUUCAAAAGAUCUCAAGAGACAAAAUAAACGAAUCGAUUGUUAUCUACAUUCUCCUGGCAACUGGAACUCUUUCAACAAUUUUAGCAGCAUUUUUCUAUGAUCGAACUGCAGUUAUAGGAGGCACAGAAUACAGCGUGGCGUUAUAUAUAUUCACAUUCUGUUUUGCUGUGACAGCUUGUACAAGCUCGGUGCUAUUCAUGCCCUAUAUGGGACGGUUCAAGGAGAUUUAUCUUAUCACUUAUCUCUUUGGCGAAGGACUAAGUGGACUGUUGCCAAGUGUGGUGGCUUUGAUUCAAGGAGUUGGUGGUAGCACUCAAUGCAUUCUCAACCAGACUGAAGCUGGACCAAUUUGGGUGAAAUAUACUCCCCCACCACUAUUUGGAACUAGGGAUUUCUUCAUAAUAUGUUUUGCAUUAAUGCUAUGCAGUUGUAUUGGGUUUUUAUUGUUAGAUCGUCUAAGAAUUGCUAAAAAACAGUACGCCAAUGUGACUGUAACUACUGGCAAUACUUAUACUUAUGAGAAAGAUGAUACAAAUGCCGGGGCCAUCGAAGAGCUAUCGCAGAUUUCACCGUUCCAAUAUAACUUACUUUUGUUGCUCAUGGGACUGAUUGGCUUUUUCGCUAAUGGCAUGUUCAACAGCAUUCAAUCAUAUUCCACGAUGCCUUAUGGAAACCAAGCAUACCAUUUGACAGCCACUCUAAGUGCAAUAGCUAAUCCUGUGGCAUGCUUUUUGGCUGUCUUUCUGCCUCACACGAGUUUAAAAUCAAUUCUAUCCCUGACAACCAUUGGUGGCUUAUGUACAAUUUAUGUAUUUGUGACGGCUGUCAUGAGUCCAAAUCCAUUUUUGAUGGGAAGUGCCUGGGGCAGUACACUAGUUAUAAUUGUAUGGACGCUUUUGAUAGGAAUCGUUAGCUAUGUUAAGCUUUGCAUAACAUCAGUUAUGCGUGCACAAGGCGGUAAAUCUCUGGUGUGGACGGGAGCUGGUGUUCAAAUUGGUUCUGCAGUUGGAUCAGUGUUGAUCUUUGCUCUAGUCAACUACACCACUAGUUUUAAGCAAUUUGAAGAAACUUGCGGUUAACAAUUUCUCUUGAAUUGUUUAAUAACACAAGUGUGAUACUCUCUAUAUCUUGAUUUUUUUUCUAAAGAUAAAAACCAUGUUGAUGCAAUUUGUCACAAAGUGCAUAGAUACAUUAUUACAUAUAAAUGAUAAUAAAUUAAUUAAGUGGAGUAAACUCUAUCGAAUCUAAUUGUUCAAAUUUUAAAAACUGUGUUCUAUUGAUUAAAAAAAUAAUAAUAUUGUACUUAAUUAAAAAAAAAAACUUUUUUGAUAAAUAACAAGUAGCAGAAAAAAAAAAACAAAGAUAAAAUGUAUUAAAUGUUAUAUUUUUAAAUGUUAAAGACGUUCAUAUAUUAUAUAACAUUAUUUUCCUAAGAAAUUGAAACAAAUUUACAAAUGUAAAUAUACAUAGAAUCAUUCAUAAAUGACCA